AUGGGCGCAGAAGCUCGGCCUCCGCGUUAUGGACCUCUUCGUCUGGUUGCAGCUGCUGCCGGGGGGGCGAUAUUUACUUUAGUGUUCCUGAGAUCACCCUUUUCCUGCCCAGAUGUGCCUGGAUUAGUUUCGAGCCACAACAAGCCUGGUUCACAGCUGUCCAUUCCGGCAGUCGCGGGUACGGAGGCGCCAGUCACCAAUGCCGAGCCUCCGGUCACCAACGCCGAGCCUGUCUCCCUCGGAGCCAAAGCCAAGCCCGACGGUGCAGGCUGUGGGCGCGCUUGUGAAACAUGCACGCAGUUUUGUGUGCCUUGGAACCCACACUUCUUCAACAUGUUGGAGGAUUGCGGCCACGUUUGCAAGAUUGAGCCAGAUGGGGUCAAUGUGAAGAAGAGCGGGGGCAAGUUUUUCGAUGAGUUUCGAAAAACGGUAGAUUGCCACAAGUUGUGGUCCAGCCCGCACAUGGAUGUGCCAGGGGAAGGGCGGCCACCCAAGUGGCAGGAUCUUCCGAAGGGGCUGAGGGAGCUCUAUUCUUAUGGUGGGGCUGUCGGAUUUUCACCGUACUACUUCGACCAAAAGUUCUAUGGAGGCAAACAACACGUGGUGGCGGCGGUUCACAACUGGACUUCGGAGGUCAUCAACGACAUGAUUGCCCAAGCAAAAGCGCACAAGCUCAAGGGCACUUACGACGUUGGCGCAACGGAAUGUUUGAGAAAAGGCAUCAUUGAUGCUGACCUCCAGGGAAAGAGCGUUCUGGUAAUUGGCUCACUCAAUCCGUGGGUGGAAGCCCUGUGCCUGGCGCAUGGGGCAGCUGAAGUGACGACCCUGGAGUAUGCCACUCUAUAUUCGAGUGAUGCGCGAGUGCGCACUUUGACACCCUUUCAAUUGAGUGCCGCUGUGGAGAGCGGCCUGCCAAGCUUCGAUGCCAUUGUGACUUUCAGCUCCAUUGAACACUCUGGGCUCGGACGUUACGGUGAUGCACUUAAUCCUUUUGGCGACUUAAUCACCCUCGCUCGUGCAUGGUGCCUUGCGAAGCCAGAUGCCGACCUCGUGUUGGGAACGGAAGGCAGGCUAGCAUCGAAGCCAACAAUCUACUUCAACGCACACCGCCACUAUGCAAACCUGACAUACGCUCAGUUGUUUGCGAACUGGAAGCAGAUGACGGUACACCCAUGCUAUCAAAGUGUUUUCACACUGAAGAAGCUUCCUGCUUUGUGA